GCUUGAGACGCUGCUGCGUAUCCCCCUGGCUCGCGUGUUGACGUCACUGCGUUCCUGAGCAUGCCCAGUAAGCAUCACAAAUAAACAAUAGCGACACUGGAAGGGCCGGUUACCGGGCAGAGCCGUUUGAGAAAGAGCGCUGUUUAUUUACAGAGAGAGCUAACCGGAGACAGAACCAGCUGCGGUCAUGGAGAACCGAUUCUCUUUACGGGCGAGCGUCUUUUCCGACCAGGGGGGCAGGAAAUACAUGGAGGAUGUAACCGAGAUUGUGGUGGAGCCCGAGCCGGGCGAAGAGGAGCUAGCUCUGGUCGGAGCCGGGGAAACAAAAGAGGAAACCGGUGUUUCGGUCGAAAACACGCCGGGGCCGGGUAAGAUAGACUCGGCUAGCGGUGUAACCGAGCAAGGUGGUUUUAAAACCAUCAACGGCCCCACUGCUAGAAACUCCAGUAGAAAUACAAGGGAACACAAGAUUGUAAUUGAGAACUUCGAAAGUUCACAACCAACAGAAACCGUGGAAGAUAACGCUACCAAUUCAUGCUCCCGGAGCGGGCGAUCAGUGGGUUUUUUUGCAGUAUUUGACGGGCACGGGGGCAGGGAGGCUGCCCAGUAUGCCCGUGAUCAUUUAUGGGAUUUGAUAAAGAAACAGCGCGGGUUUUGGUCGGCGGAUUCCGGGGAGGUUUGCGCUGCUAUCAGCAAGGGCUUCGUUGCUUGCCAUCAUGCCAUGUGGAGAAAGCUACCGGAGUGGCCAAAGACCAUAACGGGGCUUCCCAGCACGUCAGGAACCACUGCAAGCGUGGUGGUGAUCCGGGGGGACAAGAUGUUUGUGGCUCACGUCGGGGACUCUGGGGUGGUAUUGGGGGUGCAGGACGACCCCAGAGAUGACUUCAUCCGUGCUGUGGAGCUCACCCAGGACCACAAGCCCGAGCUGCCCCGCGAGAGGCAGAGGAUUGAGGGGCUGGGCGGCAGUGUGAUCAGGAAGUCAGGGGUGAACCGGGUGGUGUGGAAGCGUCCUCGCCUGCCCCACAAUGGCCCCGUGAGGAGGAGCACUGUUAUCGACCAGAUCCCCUUCCUCGCCGUGGCUCGAGCUCUGGGUGACCUGUGGAGCUAUGACUUCUACAGCAGAGAGUUUGUGGUGUCGCCGGAGCCUGACACGAGCGUGCUCACCCUGGACCCGCGCAUACACCGCUACAUCAUCCUGGGCAGUGACGGGGUGUGGAACAUGAUCCCUCCACAGGACGCUGUGUCAAUGUGCCAGGACCAUGAGGAGGAAACGCAGGGCCAGUACGGGAUGUCCAAUGCUUGGCAGCUGGUAAGCCACUCCCUGCUGCGAUGGAGACAGCGCGGGCUGCGUGCCGACAAUACCAGCGCCAUCGUCCUCACCAUCUCUGAGCCGCUGGACAAGAACACUGCGGUGCGCAAAGAUGAGGUGCUGCUGAACCUGCUUGACGGGCCCUUCCACAGCCAAGACGAGGGCCCCCUUCACUCCUGGUCUCGCUGCUCCACCCCGCUCAUCGAGAGAGCAGAAUCUGAUGUGGCUGACAUGACCUCCUCUGAGCGUCUGCCUCCAUUGGAGCGUCAGAAUGGGUUCUCUGCAAAGAGCCUGGGAUCCAAGAGCGAGUCUCACCGGCCCACCAGCUGCCCCGGCCGCUUACCCCAGCCUGUUCCUGAGUCACCCGAAAGAGCCCUGGCUAUGACCAAUGAGGGCUCUCCAUCUCCCAGCCUCCCGGACCUCCGUUCUGCCAGGUUUCACAGCAGCACGGGCUCAGCACAGACGCCUUCCUCCACACAGCUGCCGCCUGGCUUGAAACGGACCCUGGAGGAGUCCAACUCGGGCCCGGCCAGCAAGAAGCUCCGGCGCAGUGUACCCCGCUCCCCCGAGAGCCCGUCCCCAAGCCACUGCGUCCCCUCGAAGCGCAGGAACCCCGACAGGCUCUCCAUGCGCCGCAGCCUGAGGGGGCACAAAGCACCGGGUAUCCCAGCUCUGCUGCACCAGCACAGGAAAAGCAUCUGUGUGUGCUGAACCCCUUAGUGGAGCGCAGUCCCACACAGCCGCCUUCUCAUGUUAUUCAAGACAGGAGUUGGAGAACGCUCACAGAUAUAUAUGUGUAUAUAGAUUUUGUAACUAAGUGAGGGUUUUUUUGGUUGGUCUUUUUUAAUCUUAAACAUCAUUUUAUUUCUUGUGUGUGUGUGUGUGUUUUCCCCCGAAGUAUAGAGGACUUCUAUGUGAGUAAUUGUGUAAAACUACCAAAAUAAUGUGUGUGUGUGUGUGUGUGUUCUUCGGACAACUGCCAUAUUGGCCAAUGGUACUUUUUUUUUUUUUUUUUUUUUUCAGCGUCUCAAGUUUUAUGGUGUAUCCUUUUUUUUCUUCCUUUGUUAAAGAAUUUUAGCAAACUCCAGCUUGUGUUUUAUCUGCUUGUAAAUAACACCCCAUGCAAGACGUACAGAAUUUACAGUAAAAGGUUGAAUUGAAUGCUGCGUUGGUAGAGCAGAAUAUAUUUUUAUACAUUCAGUUAUAUUUUCGUAUUUUACGGGGGGUGGGGGGGAAGGAUACAUCAUUUAUAAUUGGGAUGCAUUGUGAAUAUUUAAAUAAAUCGUUUUCCGUAUCAUUAAUAAUUACAGUUGAUCACUAAAAUGUCCUGGUCUUCUGAUCCAGAUUUGAAAUGUUUGUUUUAAAGGGUGUGACAGAAAUGUUCAUCCUCAUCUUGGUGGUGCUGCUGUUUUUAACCAAUGGGGAUUUUAUACAUGAAACACAAAGCAAUGUUUUGUACUGUUUAAACUUCAGUUCUCAUGAAUUAGAGUCUGUGUGCACUGUACAGUGUUUACAUCUAAAUAAAACCUUGAUCUGGUUAUGGGGGGAGAAUAUAGAGGAGAUGGGCUGUCUUGUGCAAUUAUAAUGAAUUCAAAAUGGACUUGUUCUGCUGGAUAAUCGUAGUGCUUCUUUUUCUAUGUAACAGUUUCAAUGCUAAUUUCAUUGAAUAGCCCAGUUUCAUAUUGUACUGCACUACCAAACAGCUAAACUUGUACCAUGUGUUUGUUAUUCAGCUGCUUCUGUCCCCACAGAACAGUGUCACUGAUGGGAAUCAAGGUCAAGUCUUCCUGUAUUACUCAAGACAAGCAAUUCCUGAGUCACAGUGGGAGGUUUCUAUUGCUUUAAAAAAAAAUCAAACCUGGGAAAUAGCGAAAGCAGUGAGCUCAAUGUGGGGUAUUCCUUACUUCAGUAGUUAAGCUGUGUUUUGCUUUACACUGUAGAUCUGGUGACCUAUACCAAUGGGUACGUUUGCCUGCUGUGCAAUGAAGACUUCUUACCUCGAGCAACUUGCUAUUGGUUUUGUGUGUAAUACUUUUUAUUUAUUGGCUUAUCUGUUUGAUCAAGUUAUCGAACCUUCCAGUUGUUGCACAGUUCAUCACAAUGGUGGCAUUUUCUGCAUUCCCAUGUUCUGUUAUAUUUCCUGGUUGCAGUAUAACGACCACAUGUCUUAAUAAUACAGUUCUGAGACAGUCCUUUGAGCAGUUGUAUGGUUCUUUGUGAAUGGUGUGUUCCACAGUCCUCAUAAUGUAUUGAUUAGAGGGGUAGGUGGAGAGUCCUUUUGUAAUCAGUGUGGUUAUUAGGAGCAUUAAGGCUUGUCCUGGUUUCACUGCAACAUUGACCCAUCAACCAUAAAUGAGUUGUUGCAUUUUAUAAUUUAUUUUAUACCUCAUUACUUGCAUUUUAUUUUUAAAUGCUGUUGUAUUUUAUUUUCAUGCGUUGCAAAGAAAUAAACCUGUCCGAGAUCUGUUCCACAAACAACCAUGUACCUUUAAAAGCUGCUGAACAACCUACAAUUUAGAUGAAGAAUACUGGUGAUUGUGAGGACUGGACACAGGCUCAGUAAAAGCAUAUGUGAAGUACAACUCUGCUAAAGAAACGCUGAGAAUGCAGGGCUCUGUUCUGUUCAAACGCGGUCCUGUUUCUUGUUUUAAAUGGAUCGCUCAUGUUUUCUUUGAUAAAUAAAGCAUGGAAACUCA